UUGAAACCUGCUUUUUGGUGACUAACAAAGCUCUGUCUUUUCCCCCUUGCAGCGAUGUCCUUUGAAGUGCGCAUGAAGUGCCGCGAGCUGCUGGCGGAUGUCCUCCGGAUUGGCCAGCUGGCGGAAGGAUGCGGCGAUCCCGACGACAUGGCCGCCCAGCUGGAGCAGGCCAUUCACGAGGAGCUAAGGGGCUCGGACAUCAAGUACAAAAAUCGCAUCCGUUCGCGGCUCUCCAAUCUGCGCGACCCGAAGAAUCCGCAACUGCGCGAAAGGUUCCUGCGCGGCCUGGUGACCCCGAAGCAGCUGGCCACCAUGUCGCCCGAGGAGAUGGCCAGCGACGACCUCAAGCAGAUGCGCCAGAAGUUCGUCCAGGAGUCGAUCAACCAGGCCCAGCUGGCCAAGGUCCAGGGCACCAAGACGGACCAGUUCAAGUGCGAUCGCUGCCACAAGCGCAACUGCAUCCAGCUGCACACCCAGGACGGCGACGAGCCCAUGGUGACCUUCGUCAUGUGCGACGAGUGCGGCAACCGCUGGAAGAACUAGGGAACGAACUGGGGACUCUGAAUAAUAAAUCCCAGUACACAUGGAGGAACUCCCUUUUUUAACA